AAUUUACGAUCAAAACAGUGAAUUAAACUCAACAUGAAACAAUACCACUGUCCUUUUAAAUAGCGCGCUUUCAGCCGUCAACUGUUUCUAGUAUUCUCAUGCUUUUGCCUCAUGAUAAUAUCUGGGAGUCACGCAGAUCGUCUUAAGUAGCUCAAAUGGCUCUUUUUACUCUCCUUAGUGCUAAUGUUGACUCCCUUGUUGCUCUGUAACAAGCUUCUCACAGAAAACUCAUUAAAAAGAUUUCAAAUAAAAAUGUCAUUACAGUUGAUAGAUUUUUAAACAAAAAUGCGAAGUCUUUACAUGAAUGCUCAGAGUCUUCACAACGAAGUAGCCAAGGAUACAAUGCACGAAUUCAAUAUACCUUUUUGUGUAAAUGAACUUCAGUUUCAGUUUGGAAAUGACAGGAGGCUUGAUGGCCUGUGUUAUUCUUGAUAUAAAGAUUCCGUCUUUUUCACUGUUAAUAAAGCUCUAUUAUGGCAAAGUGCUUGUUUCGUUUCGUCUUUCGUUUACUCAGUAUUUACUAUGGUGCUCCGUGUUCGAGAACUGCAUCAGACGAUCUGACGGAUAAUCAACACACGUUUUGUCAUUGGAUCUGGUACUCCAACACGUAAAAGAAACAUGUUAUAUCACUUCGUACUGCUUACAUCCGUUAUAUAUUCUUCGCAUCCUUACAGAACAUAUCGUUUCCAUGGCCUAAAUUGUAACUCAUGACUACAACAAAGAUGCAAUAUAAUCUGUGAUAUCACCCUUACUUUUCAUCGUUCUGUAAACCGAAUCAACGGUAACUAUCAAUGGAUACUUACAUCUUACUUAGAAAUGCUCAUAUUUGUAAUGAAAUUGCUCAGCAUUCUAUAUCUGUUACUCAACUCAUGGAAUACUUGGCACCUCUUUCCUCAUCGUUGUUUGUAAUGCAAAAUGCUGAGCACGUGAGCAUUAACGUAGAGAACAUUCAAUGUCUAGUGGAAAUGGUGUGCGAAAAGUAUUCCCCGUUUGAUACGAAGUCUUGGAUCAAUCAGGAACUAACUCCUAACGUUGCUGAUGAACGAUCAAUUGAAUGGAUAUUUGUGACUUCUUUACUUAACUUUUCAUUUUGGAGUAACAGUCAUGUUAAUUUUGAAGUGUCAUACUGCAAUAAAAUUUAUACGGGUUAUUGGGCCCUCUGUGCAGCAGUUAAUCGAGCUAUCGAUGAAGGAGUAGACCUGUUAAAUCCUGAAGUUUACCAAAGUGUGACAGAGGAUCAGUUGAGAUACAUAUUUCGUUCGCAUACGGCUGAGCCUAUACCAUUAUUUGAUGAAAGAUUAAAUGCUCUGAGAUGUGCUGGAAAAACUUUACUCGAGAAUUUCGAUGGGUCAUUUAAAAACGCUCUGUCCUCAUGUGAAAAUUCUGCAGCAAAGCUUCUAAAAUUAUUGUGUGAUUAUUUCCCUUCUUUCCGUGAUUAUAGUUUAUACAAAGGAAAACACGUGUCAUUCUUAAAACGUGCUCAGAUUUUGGUUGGUGACUUAUGGUACUGUUUUGAGGGCAAAGGGUUUGGGUAUUUCCACGAUAUAGAUGAGAUUACUGCCUUUGCUGACUACAGGUACCAGCUUUCCCUACAUACAAAAUAUCAUUUAGAGUUCCACAAGUGUUACAUUAUUUUGGUGCAAUAGAAUACAGUGAGGAUCUAACAAAAAAGAUACACAAUGGUGAAGAAAUUGCAAACGGAAGCGAAUUAGAGGUUGAAAUUCGAGCAGCCACAAUACUAGCUGUGCAUAAUAUUGUCAAGUCUUUGAAUAGCAAGAAUAUUAGUUGCAAUUCAAUUAUGGUGGACAAUUUCCUUUGGAACUAUCGACGCUCUCAUGCUGAUGAAAUCGAUGCCGAAAUUCCAAUGCACAGGACACGUUGCAUAUACUAUUGAUUAUAUAAAUAUGAUACUUCAUGUAAACACAUGUAAUGAACAUUUCGUUUAAACCGAAAAUAUUGUUUAUAUUUUUGUAAUAAAUUAUUAGAACACGUUCAUGAAAAU